CCGAUGGUUUGAUUUUUGCCUUGUGGGAGUCUAUAAAGAGCGAGAAGGCUCCUCAGUUUCUUCGUCUCUCAUCAUGUCCAGAAAUCAAUCUCGUCCGUCAAUACGUUUGGGAGACAAUUCCAGAUCUGAAGACCGAAGAGAUCAUUGAAUGUGGUCCAGAGCAAUAGCUUCACUUACACCUUCUCCUUUUUGAAAGCUGAUUUUCGUGCUCUUCUUGGACUUGCAGCCUCAUCGACUUCAAUCUGAGAUUGAAAACACUGUUUUCAUCUUCUCUAAAUGGAUUUCGGAUUCGCAACAAUAUCGCUGGUCGUGCAAACUGUGUUGGCUGUGACAGAACACAGAAAGCUUCUUGAGAAUAGAAACCACUUUCUCGACUACUCUUUACCAACAAGACAAACAGCCAUAAGCCAUCCAGUAUCAACAGACAUCGGCAUCUUGUGCUCGACCUGCAUCUCGAGUGGUCUUCUCACUUCCAUAUAUCAACGUGGAAGAAGUGGAAAACUUCAGACUCCCCUAUUUCUAGCGACAAUUGUUGGAAGCUUUGCAUCAUGGGGAAUGAUAGGGGUACCAGUAGACAUUUUAGCCCUCACUGUGUUUGAAUGGAUGGUCACCUUAGUAUUACUCGUUAGCAGAUAUUGUGAACACAUUCUGCUAAGCGACCUCGAAGCUGGAGAUGCUGCAUUUGGCUUAGAGAGGGUCCAGAAAGUGUUUGGCAUGCAUGAUCGAGAGAAGAAAAGUUUUAGUGGCCGUGAUUUGGACGAAUACUGAGGGGACUGCUCGCAGGUUGCCUUCCAUGUUCACUGGUUAUUUUCGAAUCUGGUUGUUUCGGCAGCCCGUUUGGUCGAGGAUUUGAGAAUAUGGAAAUUUUGCUGGAAUGGAGAAGAAUGUUUUCAAGUGUUGGAUUGGGCAGUGCUGCUUUUCUUGUUUGGAUGUUGGGAAGUUGAGCUGGACUUUAUUGGAAAUAUUCACGGAAAAUCUCGACUCUCGUUUUGGAACCAUCGAACCAGAAUUAUAUAAUGUACGGAU